CAGCAAAGCACCCUUUCCUCCUGAUCCGAUCGAUUCUAAUCUUUCUUUACGUUUACCAAUUUGGACCUUUGCAUAUGGCGGACCCCACGCUUCACAUUCACACACUUUCGUCCCCUUCCUUCUUUGCUUUUGCAUGAACGAACCACACUUUUCUCGAAUCGGUUCUCUCCGCCGCUCACCGUCACUCAAUUUCUCUACCCUUCUUCUAUAAUUGUAACCUAUUUGUCAGGUGAAGUUCAGUUCUUCUUGGUUUCAGUACCGUGUUCUUACAUCUUAACUCGGAAGUUUUCGAUCUCUUAAUCAUAAAAUAUUUACAGCUUGUGAAAGCUCAUAGAGCUUGUUUUGCAGCUUGCAAGUCUGAGGUUAUCGUGUAUCUUCUACGAAGAAGUCCAUGUGAUGUGUGGAUAGAUAAGCAGUAAGGUGUCCAAGAAGAAAGAUCGGGUUAAUGGGUGCCACAAACUCAAAAGUGGAAGAAGAUAAGGCUCUUCAGCUAUGCCGUGAAAGGAAAAAGUUUGUUAGAAAAGCACUUGAUGGAAGAUGUUCACUUGCAGCCACUCAUUUUACUUACAUAGAGUCUCUAACAAUUAUAGGGAAAGCAUUAAGUAGGUUUGUUGAACCUGAAGUGCCAAUGGAAUCCUCUUUAUACACAUCCACUAAUGCAACUCCUGAGCCACAAACAUUCAUUGGAAAAUCCCUUUCUCAAUUCUCUUUCUCUUCAACCAUGUCACAACAUAUCAAUCCACCUGGAAACCUAUCCCCAUCUCCUUCCCCACCAUCCUCUAGUAGGUAUUACACAAAUCAUAUGAAGAUUAGAGGCUCCUUUUCUAGAAAAGUUGAAGAAAAGCCAGUUGUAGCUGUCAUAGGUUCUGUAACUUCUUCAGGUACCCCAAGAAACAUCAUAGAUGAACAUGAACUGGAACCUGAACCUGAACCUGAACAUGAACCUGAAACCCCGUUUGGUGGUCCUGAAAGUCAACCUUGGGAUUAUUUUGGUCUUUCACAUGAUGGGUUUUCUCCACAUGAAGUGGGGGAAUUGAAUCAAGGGGUGGAAAAUUACAAAGAUGAAAAGAUUUCAGAAAUGGGUCAAGAAUCAGAAGAUGAGUUUGAUGAGCCAUCAACAGAUGGGUUGGUUAGAAGUUUUGAGAAUGUUAAUAGGGUAGCAGAUAAUGUUAGUGGGGCUGGUAAUGGUCUACAUUCAAUGUCAUCAGCAGAAAGUGUUGCAUCAGAAACUGAAAUCUUGAAUGGGGACAAGUUUAAUUCUCCCCAAAUUUCACCAUUAAAGCGAAAAACUUCUGGUUUUAGUAAUGUUGGUAUCUCUCAGGAUGAAAAAAUUGAAGUGGUAAAAGGUCAUGAAACUAAACCUGUACCUAAAGAUUUUAUUUCAAGUAUGAGAGAGAUUGAGAAUCUUUUUGUUAAAGCUUCUGAGUGUGGAAGAGAAGUUCCUAGAAUGCUUGAAGCCAACAAGCUCCACUUUCGUCCAAUUUUCCCUGGAAAAGAACGUGGAUCAUUCAGUUCAAAAUUUAUAAAAGCAUGUCUUGCGUGUGGUGAUGAUCCUAGCCAAGUGCAGGAAGAACCUGCUCAAAAUGACACCAAGUACUUAACAUGGCCUCGAACAACAUCAUCUCGUGGUUCAUCCUUCAGACAUGAUCCGAGUCCAAAUGUCAACACCAGUCAAAGUCAAAAUCAAAAUCAGGAGGACAUUAACAGCAACCUCUUUGAUAACUUCUACAUGAACGCAGGAAGCCAUGCUUCCACUUUGGAUAGGCUUUAUGCAUGGGAGAAGAAGCUUUAUGAUGAAGUUAAGGCAAAUGAGAUGAUCAGAAAAGUGUAUGAUCAAAAGCGCAAACUUCUACGGGAAUUAGAAUCCAAUGAAGAAAGUAACCGCAGAAUAGAUAAGACUCGUGCCAUAGUUAAAGAUCUUCAUUGGAGAAUUGGAGUUGCUAUCCACAGAAUCGACUCAAUAUCAAGAAGAAUCGAAGAUCUUAGAGACAAAGAACUUCACCCACAACUUGAGGAGUUGAUUGAAGGAUUGAGGAAGAUGUGGGAGACGAUGCAUGAAUGCCAUAACAGCCAGUUGUUAAUCAUAUCAUCACUACAAAUAAAUUCACACAACAAAAUCUCACUACAAUCAGACUCGCAUCGCCAGAUCAGCAUCUACCUGGAAAGCGAAUUAAGAACUUUAUCAUCGAGUUUCACGAAAUGGAUCGGAUCCCAAAAAGCGUAUGUCCAAUCGUUAAACGGAUGGCUUCACAAAUGUGUCCCACCACAACAAUCCACCAAGAAAAAAAGACGACAACAGCCCUUGUUACGUGACUAUGGCCCACCAAUAUACGUCACCCUUGGUAUCUGGCUAGAAAAGCUUGAAACUUUACCAACAAAAGAAGUUGCGGAUUCCAUAAAAGAUUUAGCUGCUGAAAUUGAUCACUUUAUCCCCCAAGAAAAAGCCCAGGGUAAAUUCGCUAGUGCUUCUUUACCAUGGCAGAAGAAUGUUGUUAAAAGUGAUCAUCAUCAUCAUGAUCCUGCAGGGGUGAAUUUGUUAAAUGAUGAAUUUUUGGAGGACCGUUUUGAUCGGUUAAGGUUGAGAUUGGAGGGGUUUCUUGGACAGUUGAGUAACUUUUCAGGCUUGUCUAUGGAAAUGUUUACGGGCCUUCAGAAGGCGAUUCAAGAUAGGAAGGCCAUGUAUGCAAGAGUUCACUCCCUAUCAUGAUAUGUAUAAGAUUUUUGGAGGUUUCGUAUAUGGAGAAGGAAUAAUGGAAUAAACGUCAAGUGAAUUGGAGUAAAAUAUUAUUUAUAUAAUAUAAUAGUUGAUUUUAUUUUUAAAUUUUUUAUUUUUGUCUGUGAAACUGAAGCGUAGCAACUUGUACAGCUUAAAUGGAGUGUCUCGGUUACAGUUUCGGCCCUGCCGGUGGGGAACUCUUUCUAGUCGGUUUAUUUAUUAUUGCAUUUUAUCAA